AUGUUCGCCGAGUGCCCUGGGCUGGGCUUCCGCUGUGUCGGAGGCUCACCCACCCUCCAGCUGCCCCUCGGGGGGACCUGUCGCCCCCCCAGGCGCGGGGCCAACUCAGGUGCAGACUGGCCACCUGGCCCACGGGGACCCGUGCCGGCCGCCUCCCCCCAGCCCCACAUGGGACGGCCACUGGGCCCGGCGCAUCCUUUGGCGCAGAGCUCAGCCCGGCCGCCUGACAGAGCCGUCCUGUCCCCGCGGCCGGCCGGCCACUCCAGGGCCCGGCUCGUACGCCGCACCCCGUGCCCCUCGGCCUCGCAGCCGCCUGCGAUGCCCACUCUGGCCCCUGCCCGGGGCUCGGCCUGCCCUCUCCCAGGGCUGCGGAGGCAGGACAACCAGAGGCGUGAAGGGCAGCCCCGGAGUCCAGCCCUGCAGACCCAGGGGCAGGGGGGGAAACUGAGCCCCAGGGUCCGGAAACCCAGGGGCAGAUCCGUCCUCAACCGGGACCCCCCUGGAGUGCAAGCGGGUUGCCAGGCAGUGCCCGUCCCCGCCCCCACCCCCUCUGGGGGCACCCCACCCCCUGGCCUGCCUUGGGUGCUCAGGAGACAGGACCCGGUCCCAGGGCCCAGGCCUCCUCUCCUGGGCUCGGUUCUGGUCCUGGCCCGGGAGGGGGGUGGGGCGCAGCUUUACUCGCUGGCUCCUUGCAGGGAGCCCGUCACUGCCCCCGGCAACACCCAGGACCCCAGCCGCUGGGACAACGCCUGGAGGGGAACUGACCCCCCGGACCCUCCCCCACCGGACCAGGACUCAGUGUGGACAGCAGCGCAGGGGUCAGGGGCACUGGACGCCCCCCAGCAAGACAGGAGCGCAGCCGCCUCCAGCCCUGCAGGCUUCCCCCCCUUUCCCACACCUGAAACCCCACAAUUCCAUUCGCUUCUGCGCUCUGCGGUGGCGUUUCCAGAAAGUUCCCUGACACGCCUGCAGGCUGCUGGAGAGAAGCCAAGGUGGGGAGAUGAGGGCUGGAGAACAUGUCUCACCCUCUGGUCCCAGGGUGUCAUCAGCCUGGAGGACCCCUGGGAAGUGGGGCUAAGGUCUCUGGGCCCCUUCUUGCACAAGCCCGGGGGCAGGGAGCUCACUGCCCCUCUGGCAGCCCUUCACGCCCUUCCGGCUGGUCCUGCCGACCCCUCCACUGCCAAGGCUGGGCCCUCCCCCCGCUGGGAGCCCCUCGAGGCUCACAUCCUGCACCCUCGCCCAUCGGGGGGUGCAGGCGUGUGUCCUGGGGGAGGCAGCUCUGCCAGCCCCCCCUCCACUGGCCCCCCACCGCCCCUCUGCCUCCUGUUUGUUCUGCUGACGGAUCCCCGUUAUCAGCCGAGAACACACACAGGAAGUCCGGCCGGGAAGAGCCUAUCCCAAUCCCGAUUUACACGGGACAGGAGCAUAAAAAGCCGCCCUUCCUCACCCCGGGAGGAGCCCCUGGCCCGAGCCCCACUGGCCAGUGUGGCCGAGAUGCAGGCUCGAGCAGGCGGGCCAGGCCAGCGGGAAGCAGGCCCCGGAGAGGGGCAGGGUCCACCCCGGCCACAGGAGAUGGCAGUGGUGGGCACGGCUGGGCCUGGGCCCGGGCAGCCUCAGAGGGACAAGCCAAACACAGCUCGGCAGCCCCUUGCGCCCCUGGAGGAGCCCAAGAGGCAGUUGGGGGCGGUGGCGGUGACUCAGCAGGCCAGGGGUGCCAAGGGUGUCUGUUGGCCGAGGGCCUGCAGUGACAUAGAGGCUGACCCCAGCCCCGUCCCGGUCCCUGGACACCGAGGCUCUAACUUCACCCUGUCUCUGACCCACAGACCCCACCACAGGGGAAGUUUGAGCAGCCACCAGCGCCCAGAGGAGCUGCCGGAGCCGUGUCCGGGGGAUGACAGAGGCCCCCACGCCAGGCUGCUCCCAGCCACCCUGCCAGGCGGAGCUGCUUGGCCGCAUAUCCUGAGUGAGGACACAGAGGCCCAGAGAGGUGGUGGGCCGGCCAGCCCAGGAGCCCCCUUGCAGUGA